AUGGCAACGUCAAAUUUUCCCCACAACAAGAAGAGAACUUUGUAUGUGGGAGGCUUCGGUGAAGAGGUGAACGAAAAGGUGCUCAUGGCAGCUUUUAUCACUUUUGGUGACAUAGUCGCUAUAUCAAUUCCUAUGGACUAUGAGACAGGAAAGCAUCGAGGUUUUGGAUUUGUUGAGUUUGAAUUAGCUGAGGAUGCUGCUGCAGCCAUAGAUAACAUGAAUGAAAGCGAGUUAUUCGGCAAAACCAUCAGGUGUAACUUCGCCAGGCCGCCCAAAGCUACUGAACGGUCGUCUCGUCCUGUUUGGGCUGAUGACGAGUGGCUGAAACGAUAUGGGAAAGGAAGUGGAGUUGUAGAUGUUAGAGAUAGUGAAGGGAAAGCAACGACAGCUAAGGGACUACCUAGAGUGUAUCUAGGUGUCAAGAUAGGAAUAAGAUACAUUGGACGAAUAGUAAUUGAGCUGCGACCCGAUGUAGUACCACGUACAGCAGAGAAUUUCCGAUGUUUAUGUACUGGAGAGAAAGGGUUCGGAUACGAAGGAUCCACAUUUCAUCGAAUAAUUCCGAAGUUCAUGCUGCAAGGUGGUGAUUUCACAAAGGGUGAUGGAACUGGGGGAAAAUCGAUAUAUGGACCGAAAUUUGAGGACGAAAACUUUAAGCUGAAGCACGUUAUGCCUGGCACAGUGUCCAUGGCGAACUGCGGUCCCAACACGAAUGGGUCGCAGUUUUUCAUUUGCACGGAGAAAACAGAUUGGUUGGAUGGGAAACAUGUUGUGUUCGGCCACGUAGUUGAAGGAAUGAACAUAGUCCGACAAGUGGAGCAACAAGGAUCGCCGUCCGGAAAACCUCAGAUGGUAGUAAAAAUAGUGGAAUGUGGUGAAUUAGAGCCAGCACCAAUUAUAGAAACGGCAGAUGUAGAGAACGCAGAUCCUCAAAAUAGUAUGGAAGUUGAUCAGAGGAAGGAAACAGAUGUAUAA